UUGUGUCCCAGCUGCCAGUUCCUGUAGAGGGGGGAGAUGGUGCCCUGUACACCCCUCUCCUGACCUAUGACGGGCAGGUGGAUGUGCUGGAGCGCCUCGACUUCGUGUUGAGAAACAUUUCCGAGCUAAGAAAAGAAGUGGAGGAGCUCCGGAGCAGCCUGCAGCACCUGGCUGCGGAAAUCGUGGCUGAGGUCAGGUCCCACCUGGAGGAGACUCAGAAAGCGACUCGCCGGAGGCGGUUUCCGUUUCCCAGAGAGAGAAGCGAUUCCACGGGCUCCAGCUCCAUUUAUUUCACAGCCGGCUCAGGCGCGGCCAACACGGACGAUGGAGAAAGCGAGGGCGGGUACACCACAGCCAAUGCUGAGUCUGAUUACGACCGGGAGUCCGAGAGAGAGAGCGAAGAAGGGGAAGAUGAAGUGAGCUGUGAAACAGUGAGAACUGUGCGGCGGGAUUCCCUGGAUCUCGUCAACGAGGAUGAAACACAUUUAAUCUCCGAUUCCUCGCUGGAGGAAGGGCUGGGUCAGCUCCUGCAGCAGGCUGACCGCCUGCACGACGGGGAUGAGCAGGAGAGGAGAGAGGGGUUCCAGCUGCUGCUGAAUAAUAAGCUGGCGUAUGCAGACCAGAAAGACUUUCUUUGGCGCCUGGCCCGAGCACAUAGUGAUAUGUGUGAAAUCACAGAAGACCCAGAUGAGAGGAGAUCAUACGCAGCCGAGGGGAAAGAAGAGUUAGAAAUUGCCCUAAAGAAAUGGGAUCAAAGUGCUGAGUGCCAUCAAUG